CGAUCGAGGACAACGGGCGAGGCUCGGACUCAUCCGACUCUGAACGACGAUUCUGCACGACCUGCUGCUAGGUUUCUACCUCUCACCGGAAAUUCCUCGUCGCACGCAAGGCCGUAGCUUCAUCUUCCAGCUCUACAAUUGUUUUCAUACGCUUUUCACGCCCUCUCGCGCUCUCGAUCGCUCUUUACCUGUCUUUUGUCUUCUCACCUGUACCAUGAUCGAUUUUCCUUCCCCCAUCCUGUCGGUGUCGGCGGACGUCCUCAAGGAGCUGGAUGGCGAAGAUGCACUGUUUGGAAUGUGGACAGUGUUCACAAAAUGCAAGGAGUCGCUUAAGGAUGGCCGACGCUUGGAGAAUAUGUCAUGGCGGCUGUGGCAUCGCGAAAUGUCAUACUCCCAAUCUUCUGACUGCAGCUCAUCGAGCUCUUCCGUAUCGUCGCUCGCGAACACACGGUGCGCGACGCCAAUUACCCCCGUCUCAGAAGCGGGUCCCACGGAUGCGCUACCUGUACCUCCAGGGAACGACUCGAGCGAUUCGCUUAGACCCGCAGCCAUCGGUCCCACUCGACACUCGUGGCAUGGCGAAGGCGUUCCCCAUCCUGCGACACGCCGGCUUAGCACCGCGAGCAUGCCUGUUCGCCCGCGUACACGCUCAAGUUCUGCGCAGCGUGUGGGGUCGAUAAUUGCGGACAUCCUACCCAGCAAGGUGGUGGUGCCUGUGCGCACACACACGUAUCCAGGUUCGAGUACAAACACGCGGAAGCAUAUGGUGCCUGGAUCGGGCUCAGGCACGGCACGGCCAAGUCCCGCCCAGUCUGCUACGCCGACGGUGACUCUCCUGCACCCGAAGCCUCAGCCCGCCCUGCCGAUGGUUCAGUUGCCGUCGACGCCUCCAAAUGUCGGAGCACCCCGCGUCGUCGUUGUCAACCCUACGCCCCACCCCACGCCCCCGGCCACUCCCCAUCCUUCCCACACCACCACAUUUUCUGGACCGGCACCAACCCAUCUCGCUCCUCCCGUGCGUCCGGCGCUGACCAUGUACCAAGCUGCACCGCCUGCUGUAUCUAGGCCGACAACCGCCGCUGCAUCAUCGUCGUCAUCCAAUCCAGAUGCUCCGGGGGCGAAUCCGGAGAAAACAUCAGCUGCGGUACCACCCCACGCUGCUACCGUGCAAUCACGGAACGACGAGACACUAAAGCCUUCCGACCGGCGCUUCUUCCUGCAGACUGCAGAAUCACCUGACCGGGAAUCGCCAGACGCGCGGGCAACUGGUCCGCGCAGGCCCGCGGGAGCACCCGAACCCAGCCCAAGCAACAGCGCGACAUCGAGCCGCAGUAAUGUCAAGUCUGACGUCCCUGCACCCAAGCGCGCGAUGAGCAAGCCGAACGUUCGCCGCGGCAAGGAAGUCUCGCGGCUCGCCACGGUGCGGGCAGGGAAGGCGGCGGCGCAACGGCCUGCCGUUCAAAAGCGGGCCAUCGAGCCGAGGAAGACUACGUUUAACAUCGGUUCCGUAUCGUCUAACAGCACUAACAGAGACGGAAAGAGCACUGAGAUAAGGUCCCCCGAGCCCCAACAGAGCAAAGCCGUCCCUAAACCGCGCCCGCCGAGUCCAGCUAAGCAGCCCGCCGCCGCUCCUGCGCGCAAAGGCCUGGUCAUGAGUAUUUCCUCCGAGUACACGACCGACUCGGACGACGAAUCGGAGUGGGCGGACGACAACAGCAACAACAGCGCGGACGAGAAGGAGAAGGAGCGGCAGCGCGAAGAGACACGUUUGCGCGAAGCGGCCGAGGAAGCUCAGCGUCAGCGCGAUCUCUUCGCCAAGGUUCCAAAGCGGUCGUACUCGAGCCUCAACAGGACUAAAUCAGGACUGCUGUCGCAGCUUCUGAAACCUGACCCGACUAUCUUCCCUGCGAACCACCCUUAUCGUACCAGUUACUCUUCGCAGGACAUGACGCAACUGGCCAAGCAGGGUGGGCGACUACCUCCGACCAGCCACCUGACCAGCAGGAGCUCCAUCGCGGUUCCACUCGCCACGCAGAUAACACCACUCACUGCUCAGGUGUCGCCCAGCGAUGGCACGAAUCAGCCCUACCGCCCCAAGGGCCGUCCUGAAGGGGCGGAGAUGGAAACUGACUCGGAAGACGACCAGGAUAACGACAUCCAGGUUUCGCGAAGUCUCGCUCAACAAAAACUUGCCGCCCUCGCUAGCCCUUCACGUCGUCGUACCGCAGAUCAGGUACCUCAGCAGCAACCGCCUCCACAGCCGCGCGCCGCACAGCCCACGGUUGCGACACCACAGGUUCCUGUCAGAAACCAGCGUGUCGCAGGGCUGACCGCGGCCGUCACCGCGCCGAUCCCGCUCGGACAUCCCUACAAUCUGCCAGCGCCAGCGCCGCCAAUGACGCCCCGGACGACGCGGCGGAAGAUGCUUGCCACGGAGCUCUCCGAAAGCCUGCGCCGGAACCUGCUCUGGGAGCGCCAGGUGAGUAAGCUGAACCUGACAAGCGGCGCGCGUCGCGGCGGGCUCGUGGGCUCGCGCCUGCAGCCCAUGACGGCUGUCAACCCAGAGCAGCAGGGCGGAGGUAGCAACUCUGGGCAGAGGACUCCCGUGGACGAGCAGGAGCAGCGUCGGCUGGCGGCAAAGGCCCGUACACGAAGUUGGGCCGACGAUUAUCACUAUGCCGGCUGGUGAACACCGGCGGCUGGGCAUGCUUCAUAUCGCACGUAACUGCGAACGAUCUUGUUCAUUUCUUUUUUUGCGUUCUCUUAUCAAGGUGUACAUUAUGUCUGGGUAGCGCCGCCGGGUGCGUAGGUCUGUCGUUCAUGGGUUUCGUAUUCCUCUCCUUCCUACACAUGUUCUUGCUUGUCUCGCCGUAUCCUACUCAUCCAUAACGCCAUCCAUCCAUCAUCAUCCACCAUCCAAUCCUCUACACCAUUCAUUUCACUCUCAGUUUCACGGUACUUAACUCUCACGUCCUAGCACACUCGCAUGCGAGUCGGAGUAGGCUGCUUUUGCACACUGCACCGGCUCGUCUCAUUGGCAUCUGCAUCAUAAUAUGUAGCUCUCUGUCUUUCUUUCUUCUUUUGCUGUCAUCGUAUCUGGGUGCGGGAGCUUUGUACGUGGCGACGUCGGUGUAUGCUCUACCGCUUUGUAGCGCUCGCAUGCACAUCACGUCUCUGGCCCGAGUUCUCGUAUGUAGGCUACCUUAAUGUGUACUUGUAUGGUCUGUU